AUGCCAACUGAAACCAUGGCCUUCACAGAGCCGGUAAAGGACGAGAUUGAAAGUCCCGAACAGCCUACUACCACUACCACCACCACUACUACAACCAAAACAACAACUGCAGAGGAAGUAGUCAAAGAGGAUUCCAAGACUCUCGAACCAUCUCCAUCAGUACCGAAGGAUAGUAAAACGCCUGUUUUAGAAACUCCGACUGUUGACGAGAAACAACCAGAGGAAGAGAAAAAGGAAGAAGCAACUGAAUCUGUUGAACCUUUAGACAAAGAAGCUAAGACAGACAACAAAACAAUGAGUGAAGGUGUUGAAGUUAUAUUGGAUGCUGGAAACGGUUCCACUAUUUUGGAUCAGGAUCAGAAUGUGUUCCGUGCACCAAACCCAGUGAGACCAAGAGCCAUGAGAGCUCACCCACAUGAUGUUAAGGGUUCUGCAUCUUAUGGAUACGGUCCUGCGGAUUACCAUCAGUCACCAUACCCAUACGCUCCCUCCACCUCGUUUGAUGAGGGAGGUUACCCACCCAUGACUGCGUCUCACUACAGCCCACAUGUGCAAUAUCCUCAUCCCGCCAUGCACGUAGGAGAUGUUAACGUUAUCUCUCCCAGCCAUAAGGAGCACGCACCCAGCAGUCAUCGUCCACCCAUGACCCCUCGUCGCGGCGGCGGUGGACAUCACUCGUACCAGUACCCUCCUGCUUCUCCCGUGAGUAGACCAGGUGGCCACCACUCCCCUCCUCGUAUGAGAGGAUAUCACAUGAGACGGCCGGAAGGACCCUACUCGGCUGCUGUGCGAUCGAGAAGCCACCCUCCAAGCCAUGGUCCUCCAACCCACAUUAGACACCCCGAAGAGGAAGCCUGGGGUUACUCGCCAGAGCAACGCCCGAGACCACCAAUUGUUGCUGAAACUUCCUUUGAUUCGGAACACUACCCAUCCCAUGCGUCUCAUGCUUCCAACCCCGCUACCCCAAACGCCCCUCACUACGGACCUCCCAUGCAUCACGAUGGCGGUAGUGCUUACCAUCACCACCACCAACAAGGAUUCCAAGGAGGAUCCUUUGGAAGCUUUGAGAGUCCUGCCCCUGGAUACUAUGCUGAGCAACAACGAGGACACUAUGGGCGUCCAUCUCCGCACUACCCACCACCAGAGUCCCCUUACACUCCAUACUCUCAGCAUGGAUAUCCUGGAUACUCUCCUGGAGGCUACCGUGACUAUUAUUCUCCUCAUUCGGAUUACCACCGCCGUUACGCUCAUUCUUAUGAAGAUGAGUAUGGACACGGAGGUAAGAAGAAUGAUUCCGGUAUGAUCCUCCCCAAGGCUGCCCAAGAGAUUGACUUUGAGGUGACCGAUCCUCCCAUGGAACCCAUCAUCCCAGCAUCCAAGACUCCCCUUUGUGAAUCUCCUGCGGAUGUCAAUUCGUAUGAUGUCUUGUGUGGACGUGGAGGUGGUACCAACUCCCAGAUUGGAAAUCGUCGCUUCCGAAAGUUGGUGCAAGAGUUCCAACCUACCUACCUUCUGGCCCGCCGAAAAGAAAAGCCAUUGUUGGCUCGUACUAUCGUCUUGAUCAUCCGCAAACGAGGUGGACGAUUCUUGAAGAAGGACGAAGAGACCGGUGAACUCUACGAAGUUGGUGAUGUCAAGGCCGAAGCAAAGACGUCGCAAGCCCUUCGUGAGGGUUUGGAUGUUCGUGCUACCAAGAGUGCGGCCAGCAGCAUCAUGGACAAGAAGAAAAAGAAGAAGUCUUCUUCUUCAUUGACGGAGGAAGAGAAGGAAGUGGAUGCCAUGAGCCCCGCGUCUCACACGGACUCUCCAGUUGGUGUCACCGAGAUGAAGUCUGGUGGACGCCCAGCUGCCGAAGCUCCACCAUCGCUUCCAACCUUGGCCCAAGACCAACCAGCUCCUACUCCCCCAAGCCCUCCAUCUCCAAACUCGGUACACUUCCGCAAGCGCCGUCGUAUGCGCUCCGGAGAUGCCUCUGUUGGAGCCGGUGCUGGAUGUGGCAUGGGAUUCCAAGACAAACUUUUCCCAGACUUUUGUCCACCAAGAGCUGACCUCGGAAGAGUCGCCAGUCCCACCAUGGAAAUGGCCAUGGACAUGUCGCACACUCGUCAUGAGAUGAAGUUUGAAGACGACAUUUAUGCUCAUGGUCCCCCACCACCACAACAACAACGUGCUGGAUGCGGAGGAAUCGCCUUUGACAUUGUCACUGGUGCUGCUGCUAGCAGCUUUUGUAUGGGACCACGCAAAUGGAGAUAA